AUGAAGUUGACGGGCACGAAUCUGCCAGGUCGAGAAGAGAAGGAGAAGCACGAGAUGGAGAGACAGAUCGUUAAGCUCUUCUGUGGGAUCGUAGGUGCGCGCGGUUCGUUCCCGAUCGAAAAGAUCGAGAUCAAGAAGGCGAGGCCGAACGCGUGCAGGAACACCGACGCCGACCAACUGCGGCUUUUUGUACCCAAGGAGGGCGGUGAAUGGCUUACGGAAGCCCAACUUAUGGAGGGUCUGGAUGCAGAUGUAACCAGCCGCAUGAAGGAACAACGCUUUGCGCAGGAGCCCAUCGGCGCGAUCGUCGCAUCAAGACAACGCAGCAGGCUCACUUCUCGUAGAAAGACGUUGGAGAAAGUUAAGGGCCCGUAG